AUGGCCGUCGCGGGGACAUUGCUGCAGCGCCUCUGCGCCCUGCUGCUCUUCAUCGCCGCCACCUCCGCCCUCAAGUUCGACCUCGAAGCAAAGCACGGCAGGAAUGAGAGAUGCAUACGGAACUUUGUCGCCAAGGACACCCUCGUCGUUGUGACUGCCACCUCGGACGGCCACAAGGGCGACGGCAUGGUUGUCAACAUCCACAUCAAGGAUGCCGUAGGAAACGAGUAUGGCCGCGCCAAGGACGUUGUCGGCGAGUCGCGACAGGUCUUCACCUCGCACGCCGACGCUGCCUUCGAUGUGUGCUUCGAGAACCAGCUCACUGGCAGACCCAACAACCCCAACCGCCACAUCGAGCUCGACAUUGACAUCGGCGCCGACGCCAAGGACUGGUCCGCCAUCCAGGCCACCGAGAAGCUCAAGCCCAUCGAGGCCGAGCUGCGCCGCAUCGAGGAGACCAUCUCCGAGAUCGUCACCGAGAUGGACUACCUCCGCUCGCGCGAACAGAAGCUGAGAGACACCAACGAGAGCACAAACACCAGAGUCAAGUGGUUCGGCGUCGGCACCACCAUGCUGCUGAUCGGUCUGUGGGGGUGGCAGAUCAUGUACCUGCGCGCCUACUUCCGAUCCAAGCACCUCAUCUAG